UCAUGACACAUGUACACAGAAUAUAAAUCACAAAGGUAAAUGUCAAUCAUGAUUCCUGCCUACCCAUAAACUAUAUAAAGCACAGCAUUAACCUCCUCUCUGCAAACACUCUUCUUCGAUUUCAGAGAUUCACCAUGAGACGUCUUCUUUUUCUUUUGUUACUUUCUUCUGUGUGUUUCUUCACUUUGAGUGAAGUUGUAGAUAAUAAUUUUAGUAAAUGCAAACAGUUCUUUUUGAACAACGCUCCUCCUGACUUCACACCAGCAAAUGGCGUUUCAGUCAAGCCCAUCUGCCAGUGUCUUUGGAAUGACAAAGAUGAGCAAGUUUAUCUUUAUGCAACUUUGUACAGCACCACCUGGAAGAUCCCCGUCUACUCUGCGUAUAGGUUUGGCAGCCCAAAUAUUGGGAGAUGUGACGCUUGGUACAUUGAACCUCAGCUGGAUGGAGAUGAUGAGCCAUGUAUGCAGCCUACAGGCUAUGGUACAAAUAUUGGCAACAAUCAGGCUCUUUAUAAAGACUAUUACAAGUCUGGCUAUGACAAAGGUCACCUCUAUCCUGUGCUCCACACCAACAAUCAUCUGUCUAUGCUGGCCACAUCCACAAUGACCAACGCGGCUCCGCAGGAUAGAGCUUUCAAUCAGAAACAAUGGCUGGAACAUGAGAAGACUGUUAUUAAAGACCUGGAAUCCUGUGAUGAUCCUCUGAAGGCUUAUGUGGUGACUGGUGUAGUUCCUAAUCUGAACAAAAACGUCCCAAAACUGAAAGGUAGAGUCACUGUGUCACUGUAUUACUGGAGAGCCACCUGCUGUCUAAAGGGCGGUCUGUACACAGGAAAGGGCUACUAUGGACCGGACAACGGCAUAGUGAAGGAAUUACCGAUAACAGAACUUCAGGACAUGCUCAAAGCUUUUUACAAUAUACAAAUUUUUCCAAGCAUACCGAAAGUUACACCGCCUAAAAGACCCAGAAGUGAAAAUGCAUGCAACUAAAAAACUGCAGCUAAUCAAGUUUCUUUGCAGCUAAUAGAGCAGAAACCAAUGCUGAUCAUCUAAUUUUCACAUACUCUCCUAUUCCCUCUGACUAAUAUAUUUUUGAAAACUCUUGUGGGAUGUCAUAUGAAUAUUUGUUUUUUUCAGACAGGCUGCAGAAGUAUCUGGGGAUUCAGGUGUGUUUUGAGCUCUUUGUCAGUUUCAUCAUUAUAUUUCCUACCAUCUGAGGGAGACAGAGGCUAACAGAGCAGAUUUCAGGCUCAUUCAAGGACAGCCUUUAGUCAGUAAAUAAGCGUUUCAUAUUUCCCUCACAGCUCAGUAUACAGAAGAAAGCAGUGAUUGGGGAGCAUUAUAACACUUUUUUUUUUUACCUAUUUUGAGGUAUAUGUAUCUCAAACCUUGAUGGUUUACCCACAUGAUUUAUAUAUUUAUUGCUGCUUCAAAUUAUAUUUGUUUUGAAAUCUACUACUUAGAAACAGAAAGGUUUUCUUGUACUUUCUGUAAAUUAUUAGUUCAUACACCAGAUGUUUUUCAUUAAGUUCCUCCUUAUAAUGUGUGAUAACUGCGGUUCAGAAAGGAUUGUUUUAUUGUGUUCAUCAACAUGUUAACUUACGUCACACAGCUAAACCACUAUUCUUCUUAAAACUGGACUAAUCAGCUGUGAGAAAAAUAUCUGUCUGCUAAUUAUUUAUUAUUUGAUUUAAAUUUUUAUUUUUACUUAUAUUAAUGCAUUAAGCUACACAUAGGCAAUCAUACUUUGACAAUUAAUAUGAAACUUUUAAUUUUAAUUACUGUUUUCUUUUAACCUCUUUGUGAACCUGUAUAUGUUAUUAAUUAAAUAAAUUUGGUGAUUCACUUGCA